AAACUUUAUGGCUGAAUGCAGCUCGGCUUACCCUAUUGGAGACAGUUGAGCUGGUAACGGUGAAAAGGAAACAUUGCGCCCGAAAACAGAAAAAGGGGAAACGGGCGGGCCUGUUGACCCAGAUGACGCCAAGGAAGCCACCAAUUCCGACUCUCUUUCUGGCCAAUGACAGGAACCAGCAUCCAGGAGCACCUUGAUGGCAUCGCAGAAAGCCGUCAACCAUACCUGCUUGCAGUAGGGACUCAGAGGAGCGUGAUUCACAAGUACUUCAUUGUGACUGACAAACAUGCCAUACCUUGUAAAUCACAAGGUUCUCUUGCCUGUUUUGAUGAGCUUUUUAAAGCUCAUUUUGUGUUCGGCACUUCAUAUGAUCAUGAUCUGGUCAAUGUGUACAACUUUGUGCAGACUGCCAUUUAUGAGAUAGAUGUUGAGACAACCAAAGUGAGCAGAGUUGAGGGCUCGGAUGCUGCGUUAAAUAGUUGUUUUGCUAUGAUUGUUUCAGUAUUGAGUUGCAAUGUUUUGUUUCAUUUGUAAGAAGUACCAGACAAAUGCUAAUUCUCUAACCAAGCACUUAAAAGUUAUCCAUGGACUUUGCUCUGGUAAGACACUUCGUCUUAAAUGUGGUCAGGGAGCUUGUGCUCAAGUUUAUGGCACAUUUUCUGGGUUCAGAAAGCAUCUCAAUAAAGCACAUGAUGAACACACUUCUAAUCCUGGUGAAGGCCCAUCUACAACUGAAGAGACAUUUGAAAGUCAAGAUUUGCCCUCUAUGAGUGCUGCUUCUGAUAUAGUCCUGCUUCAGAAAUGGCUUGUGUAUAGUUGCGCAACAACAGUUGCUGAACUUAAAGUAGCAGGUGUAAGUGAAAGAGCAAUUAACUCUUUGGUCAUUUCCCUGGAAGAAAUAGUUAAUGAUAUUCAAAAUCAAGCAAAAGAAUCUGUGAAAAACAGUCUUUCUUUACAAGAACCUGUCAAAAGUGACAUUGAGUGCAAAAUUGAUCAAUGUUUUGAGAAAAUGGAAAAUCCUUUCAUGGCAUUAAAUUCUGAAAGUAAAAGAAUUUGUUUUUGGCAGAGAAUUGGGGACGUGUAGACCCAGUAGAAUAUGUCCUUGGUUCCAGAUUUGAUACACUGCGCAGUCGAACCACAGGGGGCUAUGAUCAGGUUGUUGUUACAGAUAAAUUUGUUUACAUCCUAAUUUUGGGAACAUUAAAGUUUAUUUUCAGGCACCCCAACAUAGAGGAGACGAUGGCCAAGUCAAAUUCAAGUGAAACUCUUAAAGACUUGUCUGAUGGAGAACUUUUUAAGAGCCAUGCUCUGUUUUCAAAACAAAAUCAUGCCCUUCAAAUUCAACUUUUCUAUGAUGAUUUUGAAACAGCUAAUCCUUUGAGAUCCUAAAGGGGAAUACAUAAAUUGGGAGCUAUAUAUUUCACUCUGCAAAUGUUUUUUCCUAAGUACAAUUCUGCUCUACACAAUAUUCACUUAGUUUCUCUGUUUUAUGCGCAGGACAUUAAAACUUAUGGCUUCUCUAAAAUACUUGAUUCAAUUGUGGAGGAUGUUAAAAUCCUGGAGAGGGAUAGAAUUACUGUUCCCCUGUAUGAUGAGCCGGUACGUGGAACUAUUGUCCAAGUUACUGGUGACAAUCUUGGCCUUCACUGUCUGUUUGGUUUUGUAGAGUCAUUUAGUGCCAGAUACUGUUGCCGCUUUUGUCUCAUUGAGAAAGAGGACUUUCAGACAGAGUUUACAGAGGACUCACCCAAGAUUGUUAUGCGAACUCAGGCACUUCAUGCUGAACAUUGUCAGAAAAUGGAGGCAAAUCCCAGACUUCCAUAUGUUAUGGGUGUUAAAAAGUCAUGCAUUCUAAAUUCAUUGCAGUACUUCAGUACAUGCGAAAACUUCUCAGUUGAUAUUAUGCAUGAUAUCUUGGAAGGAGUGACACAAUAUGAAAUAAAGCUGAUUUUAUUGCAUGUAAUUGACCAGUACACAAUAUUGAAGGAUGUAGACAGGAGAAUAAGGAGCUUUAACUAUGGGUACAUGGAACAAACCAACAAACCACCUACAGUGACGUUGUUAGAGGACUCAAAUGACUUGGGGUUAAAUGCCAUCCACUCCUGGUGUCUACUACGCAACCUACCACUCAUCUUUGGAGACUUAGUUUGUCCACAUGAUCAGCACUGGUAUUUGCUGCGGCUGUUGCUUCAAAUAGUGAGUAUUGUUUUUUUCACCAGUAUUAUCAAAAUUUUCUUGCAACACCUGAUUGCUCAACAUCACAGGUUAUUCAAACAUUUGUUUCCACAAAAGAAGCUGCUAUCGAAGCAUCAUUUCAUGGUGCGUUAUCCUACAUGUAUUCUCAAAACAGGCCCAAUUCUACAUAUCUGGUGCAUGCGGUACAAAGCUGAACACAAUUUCUUUAAAAAAAAAAAAGUUUCAAAAAUGUGACAAAAGCCCUGGUAUUAAAGCAUCAAAGUCACAUUGCUUUCAGUUGGCAUAGAUUUGACCCCAAGAGACUGACCAUUGGAGCAGGUAAAAUGGUGCCUUUAAAUGCACUGGACUGGGGCUGUGAGAUAGCAGAGACUCUUCAGUUACCAAUCAACACCAAGGUAUUAAAUGUUAAAUGGGCCAAACAUCACGGAAAUAUGUAUCGUGCAGAUUUAGUUGUUUGUAAAGAAGUUUUUUGUGAAAUGCCAGUUUUCCAUAAGAUCCACAAUGUUGUUGUGAAAGAUGAGAGGUUACUGUUUGUUACAUUUGCUCUGCAAACAGUGUGUCUGAAUGAGCAUUUCAGUGCUUUUCAAGUUUAGUGUACAAGAGACGGACCUCAUGUUAUUUAUGUAGAAGAGCUUUACUGUUACAGAGCUUUCGAUUUACAAGUGUCAUACAGUCAUGAAGAUGCAAAUGUUUAUAUU